AUUCGCGCCGGGUCCUUUGAAAGUAACGACAUGGCUGCCCUCUGUAGGGGCAGACACCGAUGGAAAAAGAUUAAUUCUCUUCAUAUUUUCACCAGAAGCCUGACAGGGAAAUAUGAGUAUGACCUGGUCGUUAUUGGCGGUGGCUCAGGGGGACUUGCCUGUUCCAAAGAAGCGGCACAGUUGGGACAGAAAGUUGCUGUUUUAGAUUAUGUGGAGCCAUCUGUUAAAGGCACCAAAUGGGGUCUUGGUGGCACAUGUGUGAAUGUUGGCUGCAUUCCUAAGAAGCUCAUGCACCAAGCUGCUCUGCUUGGCACGGCAGUCAAAGACGCUAAGAAGUAUGGCUGGCAGAUCUCUGAGCCGGUCUCCCAUGACUGGGCCACAAUGGCAGAGGGGGUCCAGAACCACGUCAGGUCCUUAAACUGGGGUCACCGGGUUCAGCUCCAGGACAAGAAGGUGAAGUAUCUGAACAUGAAAGGAAGCCUGGUGGAUGAGCACACAGUGAAAGGACUGACCAAAGCAGGGAAAGAGAUGAUCCUGACCGCCAAGAACAUUGUGAUCGCAACUGGUGGACGGCCUAAAUACCCCACACAUGUCCCUGGAGCGAUGGAGCACGGCAUCACCAGUGAUGACAUAUUCUGGUUGAAACAGUCACCUGGAAAAACGCUUGUGAUUGGAGCCAGCUAUGUGGCUCUGGAGUGUGCGGGGUUCCUGACUGGCAUUGGCCUGGACACCACAGUUAUGGUUCGCAGCAUCGCCCUCCGGGGGUUUGAUCAGCAAAUGGCGGGUCUGGUUACAGACUACAUGGAGGCGUAUGGGACCAAGUUUGCAUGGAAGUGUGUCCCCAGGAGCGUGGACAAACUGUCGUCAGGAGCCCUGCAGGUGACCUGGAUGGACACCCAGACAGGCAAAGAACAAAAGGACACCUAUGACUCUGUGCUGUGGGCUGUUGGCAGAGCUCCUGAAACCAAAGCCCUCGGCCUGGACAAGGUUGGUGUGCAGCUCAACAAUGAAACGGGGAAAAUAGUUGUGGGCGCCGAUGAAUCCACUUCGGUCCCUAACAUCUAUGCUUUUGGCGACAUCAGCGAGGGUCGCCCUGAAUUGACCCCUACCGCCAUUAAAGCAGGAAAGCUCCUCGCCCGCAGACUGGCUGGUCAGAGCGCUGAGCUCAUGAACUAUGACAAUGUGCCUACCACAGUGUUCACCCCUCUGGAGUACGGCUGCGUGGGUCUCUCUGAGGAGGAGGCUGAGCGCAGGCAUGGCACAGAUGCUAUAGAGGUCUACCAUGCCUUCUAUAAGCCUCUGGAGUUCACUGUAGCCGAGCGGGAUGCCAGCCAGUGUUACAUAAAGGUGGUGUGUGAGCGGCGUGGAGACCAGAAGAUCCUUGGUCUGCACUUCACUGGUCCAAAUGCUGGAGAGGUCACUCAAGGUUUUGCCAUGAGCUUCCAGUGUGGGGCCACAUACUCCCACCUGCUGCAGACGGUGGGGAUCCACCCGACCUGUGCCGAGGAGCUGAUAAAACUCAACAUCACAAAGCGCUCUGGCCUGGACGCCACCGUCACAGGCUGCUGAGGUUAAGCUGCCCGGUCUCUGAACACUAAUGAGCACACAGGCUCCUUCAGUGGGAUUAGAAAGCAGUUUAUUGGUGACCUUCUAGCUGCCUGCUCUCUCACAAUAGUCUGCAUUUAGUGUGCUUUCUCUCCCCGCCCCUCUCUGUUUUUCUGUGGCCCCAAAAUGGCCUCCCAGUGUCACAGUGCUGUUAGGGUUUCUUGCUUCGCCUCCCGUGCGACUGGGUCUCGUCAUAGGCAGUUCAUGCAGGUCAUCACGGGUGCUCUGUUGCCCAGGUUUGUGUCACUGGCAUGUCACAUGAUAACCAAGAGAAUGAUUAUCCUAUAUACGCCCAAGUUGUGCGCGUACGCUCUGAAAGCAGAGGGUUAUAGAUCCAGGUUAGUGAAAGGCCCGGCCGCAGAGCGAGCGUCUUUUAAAUAAACAGGCUCAUCAAUCAGGAUUAGAGCCCAGGCUCGGGGUUUUGUUGAAACCUUAUGAGACCCGGACCGGGCCCUAACGUUUUUCUGAACAUAUAUUCUGCAAAUAUUGUUGUUUCUCUGGCCGUACUUCCUGUCCAUUAGUCUUGGAGGUGACACAUACCGUACCGUACCCCUCCACUCCACCCCACCCCUCAUGACACUGAUGGAUGGCUCCAGGCCCGUCGUUACAGCAACACCGCCUGUUUCCCAUGGACACACACACAAACAGUCAGCAGGCCGCCUGUCAGUCAGCUGGCAGGACCUGGCCAGAACCAAGCUUUUGUAGAGGUUUCUGUAAGUCCAGCUAAUACCCUCGCCCCACCCCACCUCCUCCUCUUCCUCCCAAACCCUUCUCCUCCCCAGUGCAUAGAGAAAUACAGUGGGACUGCAUUAACAGGCUCUGUCAAACGCGUGUGUGGACGCCUCAGCCUGGGUCCGGGCAACCCUAUCCCUCUGUGGCAGAGCUGUGGUGAAACUCCACUGCAGCUGUAGUACCCAGCUUCGCCUGUAGGUGGCAGUAUUGCCCUCCACUUCUCCCUUGUUGCUGGCCAAGAGAGGAAGAAAGGGUAAGGCAGUCAGUGGAUAAAACAUACGCCUGAAUACAUUCACCGUGCACAUUUAAUCCCUUUAAUCCUUAUAAAAGAUAUGUGUGCUUUUGGACCAAGUUGGAAAGUAGACUGGCUUUAUCGCUGCCAAACUGAUAAGGGUUAUCUGUUGUGUAUUUACAUGGAUGGCAGGUUAGCCCACAAGAGUCAUCGCCCUUAGAGAUAAGGCAAGUUGUUUAUUUAAAUAAAGCAGUAAUAGACUGCUACAAUUUGCCAAAGUACUCAAAUAUUCAACAUGUUAGUUGGGGAGAAGAAGGAGGACUUGUGAGUAAAGUGGGUUGCUACAGGUAUUGGGGGGGUGCUAAGAGUAGGCCGCUGGGCCUAGUUUAUUUGUGUUUGAAGUCUAAUCUGCCUGACCUGAUUAAUGAUCCUGACGAGAGGAGUGACAGCGUGCUGGGAGAUGGAGAGAGGAAAGAGACGGGAGAGGAGCGAGGGAGCGCUACCAGGUUUAUUUGGACCUGGGCCUAGAGAGAGAGAGAGAGAGAGAAAGCAAGAGAGCGGGGAUGCAGCUUGGUUAGGGAGGGAAGGAGGGGAGGGGGAUUCCUGUGUGCUCUGUUCAGGGCCGGGGUGCUGACUGAAGGACCCUGACCUCCGCUCAGCAGGAACAGCUUGACUCUAUCACUCGGAGCACAGAGGGCUCACAUGCUCGAGCGCUGCACGGCAGGGGCCCGGGGCCCAGGGCCGGGGCCACGGGGGGGCAACCAGCCAACCAACACGGCACCAAGCGGUAGUGGUGUGUUUGCCCAGGGUAAUUGAGUCUAUAUUCUUACGCUUAACGAGCCACUUCAGAGACCUCAGGCUGGGCCCAAGGCAAUGUGAGGGAAGUCAUUGAGGCGAUCGGUGUAACAGUAAUGUCUGUUUGCUUUUUACCGUCUGCUUCCUUUCUGCCUCAUCUGCCUUGUUAUUUUAUUUCAAAUAUGGCUGCACACACAAAAAACCAAGCCGUGUCAGGAUUUUUGCCUGAAUUGUGUUUUUUCAUAUGACAUACAUUUUUAUUUUAUUUUAUUUUAUUUUAUUUUUAUUCAUUGUUGUUGAUCAGAGUGCCUCGGGGUCCAGGACCUGCCCAGCGGGCCUCAGCCGUGCCUCACAAGGGUCAGGGUUCAACUUUCAGGUCGACCAGCUAAUGAUGAUUUGCACUAAAACCCAAAACUGGGGAGUGUAUUUCUGAUGUCACCUGGCCGCCAACGUUAAUCACUGUAAAUAGAGGAGUUUAAUUUGCUAUGAAAGCUUUGUCAUACAUAAUUUAUAUGUAAUUUAAUAACAUAUUGAAAUGCACUGAGUCGCCAUUAAAAUAAUGAUGUCCACUGAUUCCGAGCUUGCAGGUUUUCUUUGUAGGUGCAAUUGUGAAUGUAUGUGUGCACAUGUGUAUGUAUGUGUAUAUAUGUUAAGUGUUUCAUUACAUUUUCCAAAAUGCUGUAUCCACUUUGGAAAAGAAAAAUUUGUUCACUCUUGCCGAGAUGAGAUUAAACUUUGCAAAAACAAAGGGUGUGCAUUUGAACAUA